AUGGCUAGCAAGGCGGAGAAAAAGUUAGCAGCGGACCUUCUGACGAGACGACGAGCGUGUGCCGAACGAGAUGUGGUGGAGAAGUUUGUAGCGGAUUUCACCUAUGAACGAGAUUGUUGCCAGGUUGCGGUACGUUUGGAGGCGCUCAACAAGUGCAACGAGUUGUUCCUGAACGUGCAGAACGACAUCGAAAUGGGCGAUAGCGAAGAACGGUUUGAAACUCACCUGGAAUUCCGUGCUGAUUUUGAGGAUCGAUUCUGCAGGGCGAAGGGUUUUUUGCUGUCUAAACUGGAGAGUAGGGAGCAUCCGUUGAGUUCGACGAUCAUCCACGCAUCGGCUUCUCAUAGCAUGUCUUCCAGCUUUCAUCAUCGGCUGCCGAAAAUCGAUCUUCCGAAAUUUAGUGGAGAUGAAUCGCGCUGGAUCUCGUUUCGUGACAACUUUCUCUCGAUGAUUCACUGCAACGAGGAUAUACCGAUCGUCAACAAGCUGCAGUACCUGUUACAGUCCCUCGAAGGAGAAGCCAAGAAACCAUUCGAGUCGGUGGAUAUCCAAGCCGAUAAUUAUUCAUCGACAUGGGACGCUUUGAAAAAGCGGUAUGACAACAAGCGUUUCCUUAGGAAAGAGCUUUUCCGUGGCCUGUACAACCUUCCACCUCUUCAGCAUGAGUCCGCACAAGACCUCAACACACUGGUUGAUGAUUUCCAGCGACACGUCAAGGCGUGGGGAAGUUGGUUGGAUUCGGCGACGAUUCGUGCAUGGGAGCAAGACACUCGACAGAAGGACGAGGUGAAAAAGGACGAGCUCAUUGAGUUUCUAAUCCAUCAGGUCCGAAUGUUGAAAUCCGUGGAUAGUGAUCUCCAGCAUCGCUCCUCAUUGUUCACCGUUUCCAAGGUGGCUGGACAAAUCCCGAAGAAGCAAGCUCCCAUCAAAUCUGUCGUUAAUGCAGCUACGUCCGAAACUCAAUCCAAUUUAUCACUAUGCCACUGUUGCCUGAGACAACAUCCGUUGCACCAAUGUCCAGCCUUUCAGCACCUGUCAAUCUCCCAGCGGCGAGAGAUCGUGACAAAAAACAAUCUUUGUCGAAAUUGCUUUCGUGCAAACCAUCAGGCAAGAUCCUGUAAAUCGAAGUUUCUGUGUAGGAUUUGUCAAGCGAAACACCACACCAUGUUGCAUGAUCACCAAACGGAACCUCUAGAGCAAUUCGCAACUGAGGAACCACAUCCCGUACAAGCGAAUCCAGGCCCCAGUAGAUUGCAUAGCCCACCAACAGUGAAUCUUUCCGUGAAUUGUAAUUCAACCGUUCUCUUGGAGACAGUCUCGCUGUUAGUAGUCGACCGAUACGGCAGAAAGAUCCAAGCACGAGCUCUACUAGAUUCUGCAGCGAUGUCAAACUUCAUCACCAAGAAGCUGGCGAACGAACUCGCCACCCGUCAAAGCCCCGUGGACAUCGCAGUUGCCGGAAUUGGAGAGUCAGUCAAGCGCAUCAAGCACAAGUUAGCUGCCAAGAUCGUAUCCAGGAACAGCGACUUCUCCACCACACUCGAUUUCCUCGUCAUGAAGAAGCCAACAUCAUAUCUCCCCACAUCCCCGAUAGAUACAACUGCCUGGAGAAUACCAGAGGUUCCAUUGGCGGAUCCUCAGUAUAACGUUCCAGCAACAAUCGACAUGAUCAUCGGUGGAGAAUGUUACCAUGAGUUCCACACGGGCGUACGCCACUCUCUUGGUAAUAAUUCUCCGUUUUUGGUGGAUACCCUCUUCGGCUGGACAGUUUCUGGCAAAGUUGAUUCCAGCUCCACCACCGCACCGCGAGCGUGCUUCCUCUCCACCGUUGAUCAAACCCGAGAAACGAUCCCUGGGGAUUUCCGGCCAAUGGAAACCGCCGAUGGGAGCCUGAGAAUGGAAGUUGAACCCUCCACCACUCAAAUCCACAAAGAAGGAUGCUUCGCCCACUAUUCCCGGCCCAAUAAUCCUAAAACCACCCUUGGAGAUUCCAACACGAAGACCACACAACAAAACUCCACCAGAAAUGGACACCAUAGAACUCCUCAAAGUAUCACCCAACUCAGAAAUAUGCACAACAGCGAUCCUGUUGAGGACGAACCACACUGCUAUCUGCCACAUCACCCGGUGCUCGAGGAAGCCAGCAAAACCACCAACGAAAGCGUGGUAUUCAACGCAUCCUGUGAGCCCAAUUCAGGGUACGCGCUCAACGAUACGCUGCUCGUCGGUCCCGUCGCUCAACACAGCCUGCUGUCGAAUACUCCUCUAAGCGCCACCAAGGUCAUCGACGAAGGAGAAGACGCUGUCUGUGGAUCCUCCAGCUACGCUGUCCAUUUAGCCAAGCAGUCCUCUGUUACCUGUCUUAAGUUAUACGCACCUGUUCUGCCAACGGAAUCGUCCCGGAUACCCCAUCGGUCAGAGCCACCACCGCAUCGUUGGAGAACUGUUGCUGCUAAACGUGUAACGGAUAUCCAGAUUGGUACAGACGGGCACCCGAUAAGCCUCAGUACUGCUCAGUGUUGCUACGACCCUACGCGGCAACCGUCGUCGUUGGAAAACUGGCUCUGUUGCGCCACCUUGCGGCCACUAGGUCCCAAUAAAAGACUUCAUCCAGGUCAAGAUGGAGUCGUUCCGGUUUCUCAACUGGACCAAGACGUCUACACGAUAACCAAAGACGAGCAGUUCAAGCUACAAAGACCGGUAGAGCACGCCGAACGUGCUCAACGCGCUUAUAGAGCGCUAAAAGAUCUCUCGUUGUCGUACAUCGUCGCAGAAUCUCAUCGUCCACCUCCUAUAACGACCAAAUCCAUCUACAGCGACAUCAGAGUCUCCAAAGAUCGGUAG